CCACAUCAGGCCCGCCCCCGCCCCGUGGCGGGUUCUUCCCCCGUUCCUGGUCUGGACUGCUGACAUGGGCAUCACCUGGAGGAGCCCGGGACGCUGGCGCCUGGCACUCUGCCUCGCUGGUUUAGCGCUCUCGCUGUACGCACUGCACGUGAAGGCGGCGCGCGCCCGCGACGAGGAUUACCGAGCGCUCUGCGACGUGGGCUCGGCCAUCAGCUGUUCACGCGUCUUCUCCUCUCGGUGGGGCAAGGGCUUAGGACUGGUGGAACAUGUGCUAGGACCUGACAGCGUCCUCAACCAAUCCAACAGCAUAUUUGGUUGCAUCUUCUACACCAUACAGCUGUUGUUAGGUUGCUUGAGGGGACGCUGGGCCUUUCUCCUGCUGGUACUGAGUUCCCUGGUGUCCUUCGCUGGUUCUGUCUACCUGGCCUGGAUCCUGUUCUUUGUGCUCUAUGAUUUCUGUAUUGUUUGCAUUACCACCUAUGUCAUCAAUGUGGGCUUGAUGUUGCUUAAUUUCCAGGAUGUGCCAGAACACAAGGCCAAAAGGCACUGAGGUCCCUCCUCAUGCUAGGCUAAUGUAACCUGUUUUACCUUGGCACAUGAGCCUUGCCCAAGAAGGCCCUAUUCCCUUCAUUCCAACCCCCUCCAUAACCACACACAGGACAAUGACCAGAUGUGCCUCUAAGUUCUGUUCCCAAGGGCUGCUUUCUGCUCUUGACUAAAGACAAUGGUUUUGAACAAUAAAUUUUCCUAAGUUG